AUGGCACCUCCCGGGAAAUGUGUUGUGUUCACUUCCGUGUUGUUCUCGUUGAUCUCCACGAUUCUCAGCGACUUUCCAUUCAGAAAUACUUCGCUUCCAUGGAACAAACGAGUCGAAGACUUGGUCGGUAGGCUUAAGUUAGAAGAAAUCGUACUGCAAAUGUCCAGGGGAGGCAGGUAUAGUAACGGACCUGCCCCGCCCAUCGAUCGUCUCAAUAUUGGUCCCUAUUCGUGGAAUACGGAGUGCUUACGCGGUGAUCUUUCCGCAGGACCAGCUACUUCAUUCCCCCAGGCGUUCGGACUGGCAGCGACAUUCGAUGCCGUGCUUAUUAAGCAAAUUGCCAAUGCCACGGCCUAUGAAGUACGAGCCAAGUACAAUAAUUAUACCAAACACAAGGAAUAUGGCGAUCACAAAGGUUUGAGUUGUUUCAGUCCAGUUAUUAACAUCGCUCGGCAUCCAUUAUGGGGAAGAAUCCAGGAAACAUACGGAGAAGAUCCAUACCUGUCUGGUACACUUGCUGCAAGUUUUGUCACUGGUCUCCAGGGUAACCACCCUCGUUACGUCACUGCCAAUGCAGGGUGUAAACAUUUCGAUGCGUACGCAGGCCCCGAGAAUAUCCCGUCCUCGAGAAGUACAUUUGAUGCCAAGGUAUCUGACAGAGAUUUGAGGAUGACGUUUCUACCAGCGUUUCAUGAGUGUAUACAAGCAGGGACAUACAGUUUGAUGUGCAGCUACAACAGUAUAAAUGGAGUUCCGGCCUGCGCAAAUAAGAAACUUCUCACUGAUAUUCUCCGCACGGAGUGGAAUUUCACGGGAUACGUCAUUAGUGACCAAUCAGCAGUUGAGAAAGUCUACGAUGCACACCAUUACACGAAGGACAUGCUAGACACAGCUAUCGCGUGCGUCAACAGCGGACUCAAUUUGGAACUCUCGUCGAAUUUAACUGACAAUGUGAUGAUGCAGACCACCAAGGCGGUGAAGCAGGGCAAUGUUACAAUGAAAACCGUCAAAGCGAGAGUUUCGCCACUUUUCUACACGAGAAUGAGGCUCGGGGAAUUCGACCCACCGGAAAUGAAUCCGUAUUCAAAGCUGGACCUGUCCAUUAUUCAAAGUCAGGAGCAUCAGGAGUUGUCGUUGAAAGCGGCUGCGAAGUCGUUUGUGUUGUUGAAGAAUGAGAAUAGAUUCUUGCCACUGAAAGAAAAGAUUGACAAACUUGCUGUUGUUGGACCGUUUGGCGAUAACCCUAUCGAAAUAUACGGUAGUAAAUCGCCGGAUGUUAGUAACCUGACCGUGACACCGAGAUAUGGUCUGUCGAAGAUUGCGCGACUUGCUACCACAUUUGCGUCAGGUUGUCUAUCACCGGCUUGUACCGAAUAUGAUCCGAAGAGCACCAAACAAGCAAUUGACAGGGUUGAUAUGGUGGUUGUGUGUUUAGGAACAGGAAAUGAAGUUGAAAAUGAAGCACAUGACAGAUCUGAACUCACGUUGCCAGGACAACAAUUAAGAUUACUCCAGGAUGCGGUCACAUUUGCUGCGGACAAGCCGGUUAUUUUGUUACUCUUCAACGCAGGGCCGUUAGACAUCACGUGGGCAGUUAGUAACCCUGCCAUACCUGUUAUAGUGGAAUGUUUCUUCCCAGCACAGACCACUGGCACGGCGCUCUAUCAUCUGUUUGUGAACUCACCAGGGAGUAACCCCGGUGGUAGGCUACCGAUAACAUGGCCAAAAUCCAUGAGUCAGGUGCCGCCGAUGGAGGACUACACCAUGGAAGGUCGAACAUAUCGUUAUUUCAACGGAGAUCCACUGUUCCCGUUUGGAUAUGGUUUAUCAUAUACUACAUUUCACUACAGUGACUUGUUAAUUACUCCGUCCACACCGAUUAAACCUUGCAGUUCAAUCAAUAUAGAUGUCUUUCUGGAAAAUACUGGAGAUGUGACAGGAGACGAGGUCACCCAGUUUUAUCUGAGCUGGAAAAACGCUUCAAUCCCAGUACCGAAGUGGCAACUUGUUGGCGUAAGCCGAACGCAGUUACAAUCCAAGACGUUUGCGAACAUCGCCAUCAUAGUCCCUCCUCGUUUAAUGGCUGUGUAUACCAACAAAUGGGUCAUCGAACCCGGUGUUUAUACAGUCUACGCUGGGGGUCAGCAACCUCACCAGUCAACCAAAGUACCGUCCAAUGUUCUCCGGGGUCAUUUCACUGUCGACGGACACACUACUCCUUUGUCCCAGUGCCAAUGAAAACAAAUGUAAUGCAUGCA